AUGACGGAAGUAGAGUGUGCUGAGUUACCGCAGGAAAUCAUUGAAUCAAUUUCCGAAAGGCUCACAAUCUACUCUGACUAUCUUCGAUUUCGGUGUGUCUGUCGCACCUGGAAUUACUCUGUACCCAAAACCCCUCUCCAUCUACCACCUCAACUCCCAUGGCUCAUGCUUUCUCAUAAAUCCUUCUUCGACCUCACCGCCAACAAACUCCACCUCCUCGAUCUCCCUCUAUCUUCUUCUCACGCCACUCGUAUCUGCGGUUCUUCUUUUGGCUGGCUCGUCAUUCUUAACCAAAUUUCUGAAGUUAGUCUUCUUAACCCUAUAACACACAUCACACUUUCUCUUCCUUCUCUCUACACUUUGCCAGAGUUUGUUAGAAAGCAUUUGGAUAAUAAUAACAACCGUUUCGUUAACAAAGUUGUCUUGUCGUCUAGCCCUUCGCAUGGCGACGACUUUGCUGCAUUCGCCAUUCUUAAUCCUAAUCAGUUAGCAUUCUGUAGAAAAAGCUAUGAUUCUUGGGUUCUUUUAAGAGUGAAUGAAAAUCACCUAUGGAUGGACGUUGUAUCCAAAAACGGUUUGUUUUAUGCUGUGAGCUCAGAAGGAAUGAUAGCGAAGUGUGAUGUUGAAAGUUCUCAUGUCUCCAUUAUUAAGACGACAGACUCUAUCAGUUUAUGGAAUGCAAUUUACUAUGUUGUGUUUUCCGGAGAGGACAUGUUGUUAGUUUAUAGGUAUUUACAAAAGGAAAAUGUAUCUCAAACAGAAAGGUUUAGAAUUUUAAAGCUGAAUUGGAAUGUGCUAAAGUGGGAAGAAAUUCAUACUUUGGGCGAAAACACGUUGUUUGUAGGGCAAAAGUCUUGUGUUUCUUUUUGUGCUGCUGAUUUUGUUGGAUGUCGUCCAAAUUGUAUCUAUUUUGUUAGGAAAGAUGACAUUAGCGUCUUUAGUUUAUCAGAUAAGAGCAUUGCGUUAUUACCCCAUUAUCCACUGAACUUAGAUCGUCAGUUGGGAUGUUCAAUUUGGAUUACACCAAAUCUGCAAUGA